AGACUUUUUGAUGAUCCUCCUGGCUGAAACAAUUUCUUUUCUUUCUUUAUGACAAGCAACGAUAUUGUUACCUCCAAAAUAUCAACACGCUCCAAAGUGGCACUUGCCACACUAAUUAGCGUUUCUGUUUUAGGAAGUGUUUAUUAUAACAAAUAUUACCACAAAAAAGACAAAAAGGACAAGUUGGACUCAAAAGACAAGUUAAUUGAUGAUAAUUCACUUUACAAUGAUUUUGUUGCUUCAUUACCCGAAGCAACCAUGUUGAUUGAUAACACGCCUGAUAAUCUCUUGAACAAACUAUUUACAUCAUCCUUUUAUACUGAAUAUAUGCCUUCUACAUUUGAAGAACUCAAGACAAAGAUGUCAUCCUUGUAUCCAGCGUUUGAACACCAAUUGGAAGUAAUUCGAGACAUGUACAAGUCGUUCUGGGAAUUCUUGUCUCUAGAAGAAUUCAAGGCGAUUGUACAAGAGUCCCUAAAAGAAGACGAUGAUCCUGAAUUACAUCCUGAAAUUGAAUGGGAAGCACAUGUGAGAGAAGGACAAGAGCUAUCGAGAGAAGAAACCGAGUUUGUCAAGAGACGAAAGCAGAAAAUGCGAGCAGCAUUUGCAUUUUUUAUCGGUGUGGAUGAACAUGAAGUCGAGAUUGAGGAUAUACCCAACAUUGGGAUUGCAUCCAGUGGUGGUGGGUAUCGUGCCAUGGUGAGUUGCUCAGGUUAUUUGCGUGCUAUGGCCGAAACAGGGAUUCUGGAUUCUGUGCUUUAUUUUUGCGGUGUUUCUGGCUCUACAUGGACAAUGUGUCAACUCUAUAGUCCACUGACAGAUGCAUCCCUUGACACUUUGCAGGAUCAUCUCUCAAGUCGUAUUCAUACGCAUAUCGCCAACUUAUCCAAUUUCUUAACUGUAUUAAACGCUUCUCGACAUAACGCUAAGGUCAUCUUACACGGUAUCAUCCAACGUUAUCACCAACAAAACAAUUCAAUCAGCUUAGUCGACAUUUUUGGUAUGCUGCUAGGUGGUACACUCUUGGCAAAAAAGAUUACUCUUGCACCACCCAACGAAGACAAGAGUACAAAUGAUACAUAUAGUGAGUUCAUUGAGACUGAUACACAAGAAGAGGACGGCGAAAACCAUGUUCAUUCAGGUACUAUGCAUGAACCUGACGGUGCUCGAGUAAAGCCUCGAUUACUUAAGAAAAACGAAAUCAAACUGUCAAAGCAAAGGGAAUAUUUCGAAGAUGGAUCAUUGCCAAUGCCUAUUUAUUGUGCUGUACGACACGAAAUUCAAAAGGCCGGAGAAAAUAAAGCAAACACCAUUUCAUCUAAGACAGAAGAAGAGACUGAGGAGAAUAAAGAAGAUAGUCAAGAGCAUCAGGAACCAAAAGAAGAAGGAGAAGAAGGAGAGGUGGAAGAAAAAGAAGACUUAUAUCAAUGGUUUGAAUUUACGCCUUAUGAUAUGGGAAGCGAAGAAAUCAAUGCUUGGAUUCCAAUCUGGGCAUUUGGAAGAAAGUUCGCUGAAGGCAAGAGUGAUCAACGUCUUCCAGAACAGAGUAUUGGUAUUCUUAUGGGCAUGUUUGGUUCUGCUUUUGUAGCCAGUCUUGCUCAUUUCUACCAAGAGAUUCGUUCUCUUUUACCACAAACAGCUGUGGAGAAAGCAGAUGAGAUUAUUUACAAGUAUCAAUCAUCUGUCUCUACUAUUCAUCCCAUUUCUCCUGCAUGCUUUCCCAAUCCGUUCUAUAAGAUGUCCACUAAAGUACAAGACAAAGAUGAGUUGAACGAUAAAGAAGAGAUAUUGAGAUCUGAAAGUCUCGUUGAAUCUGAACAGAUUGGAUUAAUGGACGCAGGCAUGGAUAAUAACAUUCCAUUUUACCCAUUGCUUCGAAAGGGAAGAGAUAUUGAUAUGAUCAUCGCAGUGGAUUCAAGUGCUGAUAUUCAAUAUAUGCCUUAUUUUGAUCGAGCCGAAGGCUAUGUCAAGCGUCGUGGUAUCCAAGGUUGGCCUAGAGGCGCUGGAUGGCCUAAGAAAGAAGAAGAAAAAAACAAUAAUGUCUCUAAUCCUGUCAAGGUAGACCAUCAUAAAACUAAGACAUCAUCGAACAGAGAACAAGAAGGGUCAGAAAAAGUCAAAUCAAAAUAUGCUUUAGGCACCUGCACUGUAUUCGAAUCAAGUUCUUCAGAAACUACUCCUGAUAAAAACGAUACUGCUUCUACCACUACUACUUAUCCUGAAAACACAAAUCCAAUCACACUUGUGUAUUUCCCGCUGAUCGUGAAUGAAGACUAUGAUCCUGAUUUUGAUCCUCAACAAGCAGAAUUCACAAGUACCUGGAAUUUCAGUUAUACCCGCGAACAAGUAGAUAAACUCCAUGGACUUGCUGAAGCAAACGUAAAGUCCAAUUUAGAAAAAGUAAGGCAAGUUAUUCGAAAGAUAUGGGAAAGAAAAAGACGAGAAAGACUCGCCAGACAGAAUCAUUAAAUAAAUAAGA